UGACAACUAAACGUUGUUUACAAUCUGCGUUCGUUCUCCGGUCGUGUUUACGAAAAAAGUGCAUUUUUCGGCGAAAUUAUAACUUUUCCUCAGAAUAUUAUGGUAAUAUUAGCUUGAACAUCGGUUCUUCUCAUCGAAAACCAUGAAGCCCAGCCCCAAGAAGUCGAAUUCCUCCAAGCUGAAACAACGGAGCAAAUCCUCCAGCAAUAGUGGUGGAUCCAAUUUGUCUUCGUCGGCAGCCGCAGCGAACGCCCUGAACAGUAGUAAUUCCAACAGCAUUGGAAACAAUGUCGCCUCCGGUGGAAGCAGCAUAGGGCACCAUGUGCGUUCCUCCGCCGGGGCAACCGGAGGCAGUGACACCAACUCGUCGGGCAACGAUGCCAAUUCGUCCGCUGCUGGAAAGGAUAAGGGAUCGUACAAAUCCUACGCCGGCUUCAGUUCCCGCUCAGUGCGCACCAUUUGGGAACAGCAUGACAAACAGGAGACUGAGGUGACCCCGGAAGUCUACACCAAGCUGGCGGAGGAUACAACCUACAAGCUGUGGGAGUUGGCUAACAACAUCAAAACCUACAGUCGCCACUCGAGCGGCCGGGUGACGUACGAUCUGGUCAAUGAGGUGCUGAAGGAUUGUGACGUUCCGCCGAUUGUGGGCGCCAACAACGAGCCGUGGGACAAGAUCGAGUACGAUGGCGUGUACUUUUUCAACUCGGACGAAGUGUUGGACCUGCGGGAGGAGUACAUCAAGGACGUUUCGAUGGAACAGAGCAACAUCCCGGUGCUGACCACGUCCUGGAUGGCGGAAUCGGCCAUAGCGGAGGAUCUGAUUGAGCUGUAUAAUAACAUUUGCGACGCGAUAUACCUGGGGGACGAUGAGUGCUUCGAGGAGGCAAUCGGAAUUCUGUCCACCAAUGCGCACGUGCCGUCGUUGAUGAAGCUCCUGCUGACCAAGGUCAUCGAAAUGCUGGGCUUCGAGUACACGGAAUGUACCCUGGAACGGUCGCUACAGUUUUUGGAAGCAUUGGUGCGGAACUACCACAUCUCGCAUUCGGAUCUCACCUUGGAGCUCAGUCUGUUGAGUCAAAUUUUCGUCAAUCUCCUGCUGGGCGCGGCCAGCUUUAUGCAGGAGGACAAAUUUAUUCCGGCUCAGCAGUUGAGCCACCUCGACUUGCAGCCCCAGUCACAUACCUCGCAGCUUCAACAGCCUUUAUCGAUGAAUCCAGCUGGUCCGGAACCAUCGCCACAGAGUAGCAACAUCGAACAGCACCAAUCCGGCGGGUUCGGACAUUCCACUGUUGUACCGAUGACCAUCAUGGAGAACAAUUUGCCAGGACCAUCGGAAGAUUCCAACAACUCGAACUCCAACGCCACGGAGGAACUGCUCCGCAGCAUCGAAAACAUCAAGGAAGGACCCGACGGUAUCGACAUCAACAACAUCAAAGACGAGUACGAAGCGCUGUUCUCGAUGGUUCAGGGCUUGGGCAAGCAGGAAGUCGGAGAAGAGCAGGAAACCCUCACCGGAAGCGACGGUUUCCAGAUCAAAACCGAGUUCAACAACGAAUUCGAUCCUUCCGGUCAGAACUUUAUGGUUCAGCAACAUGUUCCAAUCCUGACGGAGGCGGAUAUGAAUUUCGACGUCAAGCCGGAGAUGUCCGAAAAGCUGAAGCAGGAACCCGGUCCCCUGGAGGACCCCGAUGACAACGUUAGUCUUCAGAUGUCCGAAAGCAGCAACGGUGAGGUGAUCAACCCGAAUUCUACCACGCUGGAAAGCGAAAACAUAACGACACUCAUCUGUGCCGACUACCUGGCGGACGAGGUCAGUCGAGUGGUAGGAUUGUGCUCGAGCAAGUGGGGCUUCCUGGAGCAGGAAUGCACGUUUCUGCUGGUGGAACGAUUACAGCGGUACUUCGGUGGCGGAGGCGAUCGAAAACUGGACUCGAUCGAUUAUCACUGGCUGUCGCGGGUGCUGCGGGGCUUGUGGUCCGUCGGGGAGUUUGCCUUCCGUGAGAUGAUACCGUAUUUGGAGAAGAUCGAUCCGGAGCACGUUCCGGAGUUCGUGUAUCCAUAUUUCAAUAACACCGGGAUGUUUCUUAGUGGUAAAAGCGAUAUCUUUCUCUACGAAUACCUGUACGAGAUCUGUGGAGAUGGACUCAUGCCAUUCAUGUUUCAAUAUGAACAAUAUAUCGAAGGCAAAUACCACAAAUUCCAUCGUCUCCGCGACAAAGCCAACCAGAGCAAGAAUUGCUACAAAAUCCCCCCAAAAGUGCUGCUCCACGUCCAUCCCAAACCCUGCCACCUGAAGCCACCGCCAACGAUCCACGAUUUCUUCCCGGACCGCACCGACAAGCAAUUCCCCCAACCGACGCAAACUCCAUCUUCGCGGUUCAACUUCCGCUUUGCCGGGUGCCGACCCGUGACAUUGAAGUCCAACAAGGCACGCUUCACUUCCACAGGGCGAUCGACGUCCGGGUCGUUGUUUGGCCUGGGUGCGCAGACAGAGAACCAUGACCAUGGCGGCGGAGGUGCUAUGGGGCAUCGUCCACCGUUGAAACAAAACGCCGGGCUGUUGCGCGGUUUCCAAAACAAGGUGAUAAUUGCUAGGAGGAAACUAUUGCGCCCUGACACCAACCAGAGUCCUCCACGGCGGGUGUACUGCAUUGGGUCUACGAAUCUGUAGGAUAGCGCGCAAGGUAAGGUAGGUUAACAAAUAAUACUUCAUGUUGUACCAUUUA